AUGGUGUUUAUGAGUGAAGUUCUCAAUUAUAUUAGCUUUAAAACAAGGAUAAACCCAUCCAAACUUUCUCAUUUCACCCCAAACAACUUAACACCUGAAAUGAGACUGACUUUGGCUAAACAUAGAAUUUGGGAACAUAUUAUAGGAGGAAAUGUAAGAACUGGGCUUAGAUGGCUUAGAGGUCUCCCUAAAGGACAAAGCAAACUUGACUAUUUUAAAGGCGCCUUUGACUAUGAGAUGUUCCCUGUUGAACUUUCUGACCAAAUCCCUCCAAUUGCUGCAAAACAGAUGGUGGCUGAGAAAAAAGCUUUGAGAGGCAGACAAUUAUGUUUCCUUCCUAAGAAGAGUGUGCAUUCAGUUCCAAAAUAUGAAAGAAAGAGAUACCUAUGGAGAGAAGAAAGACGUAAGCAAAGAGAAGCUCAGUUUGGGAACAAAGCAACCACUCUUGAAGCCAUGCGAAACAAAGAUUACUAA